AUGAACCACUUCCCGAGCACAUCCUGGGGCAAGCCGCGCAACGAUACACUCGACCCGUACUCGACGUUCCCCAUCCACCAGGGGAGGGGCGCGGCAGCUGGCGGCAAGGACAAGUUCGCAGAGGGCGUCCAGCACACUCAACAACCGAUCAUGACGGGAACGUCGGUUCUCGGGCUCAAGUACAAGGACGGGGUCAUGCUGGCAGCCGACUGCCUCGCGUCUUACGGCUCGCUCGCGCGGUUCAAGGACGUCCGAAGGCUGCACAAGGUAUCCAACUCGACCAUGAUUGGUGCUUCGGGCGACAUGGCGGACUUUCAGCAGAUCAAGCGGAUGCUGCAGGGCCUGAUGACGGACGAGUCGAUUCUUGAGGACGGUCACGAGCUGUCGACGAGCCAGGUUUUCGAGUACAUGAGCAACGUCAUGUACUCGCGGCGGAGCAAGUUCGACCCGUAUUGGAACGCGGUGCUGGUCGCGGGCGUUGACAAGGGCGAGCCCUUCCUCGCACACGUCGACCUCCUCGGCGUCACCUACUCCUCCCCCUCGAUCGCAACCGGUUUCGGCAUGCACCUCGCCCAACCUCUCCUCCGCCGCUCGCUCGAAGAACUCGGUCCGGACGGCGAGAAGAAGCUUGAGGAGGCGGACGCGAGGAAGAUCCUCGAGAACGCGAUGAGGGUAUUGUUCUACCGCGACGCAAGGAGUUUGAACAAGUUCCAAAUUGCGACGGUCACGGCGGAGGGCGUCACGAUCGGCGAGCCGCAAUCAGCACCGACAUCCUGGGGUUUCGCCGAGGGUUUGCGAGGGUACGGCAACUCGGACGAGCACUACUGA